AAAGAAAAACUCAAACAGAUGAGACAAUCUCGCAUUCAAAAGCAAAUAUUAUUGCGAUAUGAAUUUUAUGAUUGUGAAAAGCUCACACAUUUCCCAAAAAUAGAGGCAUUUUCAUUUAAGUGCAAAAUGAACUGGAAUAUUUAUCAGUAUCAAAGUGCCAGGAAGAUAUUCUAUCAGUUUCCCUGAUCAUUAUGAGUUAUUAAAUACUCAAGUAUUCUUUAUUUGUUAACCUAAAAGAGUAAAUUUUAAAUUAGACUCACAUUUCAUAGAUUGGAAUGCUUUUAUCAGUAGGUCACAGAAUCCUGUUUAAAGCGUCAGAAUCGACGUAUCUAACUGCUUUUCUGCUUUGAUUCAUUCUAUAUUUGAAAAAUAUUCCAAAGAUUCACUUGAAAACUAAACAGGACGCUUAUGAAAAUCAUACUGCAACAUUUUCUUAAAAGAUGGCCUUUUACAAUAUCGUACGAAAGAAUAAUUAUUUUUAAAGCAAACUGAACAAUAUUAGUAAAAUCCAAGAGAUAUAUAUUAUUCAUAUGAUCAUAGGAUUCUCAGAAGAUUUCCUUUAGGUUUAGAUCAGAAUUAUUUUCUUCUCCGAUGUGAAAUAAUGGCAAUUAUCAAGCUAUAUCUGUGAGUAUUUAUUAAAAGUAUAUUUUUUUAAAAAUAAUUUCAUCUUGAAGACAAAUUUUUGCCUGUAGGGUAUCUUUUCGUCAUAAAAUGUUUUCAAAAUAAACCUUAUUUUCUUCUAAAUGUUUGAGUAGAUAUCAUAUUUUUCUAUAUUUUCUAGAAGAUUUUUAUUAAUUUAAUAUAGAGACAAAAGCAAAAAAACAUAUUGCUGCCUGUUCAUAAAGAAUCACUGUCUUGUUGAAAUGUUUUGAACAUAACCAUGAAACUAAAGCAACGACUAGUUAUUGCAACUGUUGGUCUGACAACAUUCAUGUUGAUAAUGUUGCUUACAUUAUCUGUAUUCUAUUAUUCCGAAUUAGAACCAAAUGAUGCUAGUGAAAGUAAUAUGUUGGAGAAUGAGAGAUUAUUCUUUAAGCGAACUAUUUCCCAAGAUUUUCCAAAGAGGCGAUCUUUGAAGAAAGAAAAUAGAGAAAAGAAAGAACAAAGUACAAAUGGGAUUAUUAACGAGACCACUGAUGACAGUAACCAUGCAGGAGAAGUGGUUCUUAGUGAUAAAGAAUAUGAAUAUUUAAUUGAGAAAAAUAAGAUAUUGCCAAGAACGCUGGCAGAAAAUCCUUUUGUUAAAACAACUGACCGUCCACAAGCUGAAACGUUCUCUAAAGCGAGAUAUAAGCAAGAAUGUUUGACGAAGAAAGAAUUUCGCGAUCCUGAUGACAAAAGGGAAGAGUUUCGUGAUCUGCUACAGUUGCUGAAAGAUGAAGAAUUUGCAGAGAAACUUCAAAAGACUCUUGCUGGACAAACUCGCAUCACAUUGCAGGAAGUUCAUAAUAUAGAAUUAGUGCAAAAUUUAUCUCGGAUGGAACAAUUCCAUUUAAGAAUCAGUGAUUUAGAUCUCUAUUCAGAAGAUGACGCAAAUGUUGAUGAGUUACUAAAAGAUAUGGCCACAAUGCCGAUUGUCCAUGUAGAAGAGAAAGUAGGAGGGACUCAAUUGAAAUUGCUGAUAACCUUCCAAGACGGAAAUCAAGCGAUGUUUAAACCAAUGAGAUUUGAUCGUCAGAAGGAGACAGAACCUAAUCACUUCUAUUUUGUUGAUUAUGAAAGGCACGUCAGUGAAAUCGCAGCUUUCCAUUUAGACAGGAUUCUUGGCUUCCGACGAUGUCCUCCAGUAGUUGGAAGAAAACUCAACAUUACGACUGAAAUAUAUGCUGUAGCUGAUGAUGAAUUGCUCAAGACAUUUUUCAUCUCGCCUGCACAGAAUAUAUGCUUCCAUGGUCACUGCAGCUACUACUGUGACACCAGUCAUGCUAUUUGCGGGAAGCCAGACGCCAUCGAAGGCAGUUUGGCUGCCUUUCUGCCACCCGAUUCUCUGAGUGGCAGGAAAUCGUGGAAGAAUCCGUGGAAAAGGACGUACCACAAGCGACGAAAAGCAGAAUGGGAACUCAACAAUGAUUAUUGCCAGACAGUUCGGCAACAUCCCUUGUACGACAACACUAAACGCUUGGCAGAUCUCAUUGACACUUCCAUAUUGGAUUUUAUGAUCGGUAAUAUGGAUCGACAUCACUAUGAAACCUUUAAAAUUUUUGGAAAUGACAGCUUUAUUUUGCAUCUAGACCAUGGAAGAGGGUUUGGUAAAGCAAAACAUGACGAAUUAUCUAUUUUGGCCCCAUUAAUCCAAUGCUGCUUCAUACAUAUCACGACCUUCUAUCGCCUUCUGCAACUUCAACUGAAUCCAAUGAAAUUAUCAAAUCUGAUGCGCUGUUCUCUGUACAGAGAUCCACUCAACCCGAUAUUACUCGAUCCUCAUCUAGAUGCUUUGGAUAGGAGGCUAGAGACAGUCCUCGGAGUUCUCAGAGACUGUUUUAGCAAUCACGAAGCAAGUGAAGUGUUCUAUUAUGAAGAAUAUUCAGAGGAAGAAAAAGAUGCUUACAGUGAAUUGAACUCUUUAUGAACUAUGAUUCUCGUUAAGUGAAAACGAUGAACAAUCGAACAGAAGACGAACAAUAUAAAAAGAGCAAUGGCAUAUUCUUGUAUUUAAAGAUAUCACUUUUUUUAUAGUUUUCUUGCACUUCUAUACAAAUUAAUUAACUUAAAAUGUUAAAUGAUCGCAUUCCAAAAAAUAUUAAAGAGUUUGUUAAAUUUUAUAAAAAAUAAUAUAUAAUUUAUUACAUAUGUUUCAUAAGUUUAUACGAAACAAAAAUCGUUUGCAAUAAUUUCUAUUUGACAAAAAUGCAUGGAAAUCGUUUGCAAGAAUAUAUUUAUCAAAAUCGAUUAAAGUAAAGAAAUGAAUAAUCAUAUAAUUGACGCAAUAUAAUUUUGCAUAAUGUAUGUGUAAAGUUUUAAAAUUAAUACUUAUAUGCCAAGCUGAAUAUAAUGAAUUUAGAAGUUGCAUUAUUUCGUAUAUAGUUGUGAAGAAUAAAUUUUAUGAAAUAAAAAAAGAUAACGUUUGUCACAAAAUGUAUUUAGACUGUCACCAUAUGAUUAAAGUAAAAUGGAGUUACAGUAAAUAUUUGAAGAGAAAAAAAAUCGUUUGCUCUAAAUUAGAAAUGAAACUAAUUUACAAAACUUCACAAUCGUAUAGUAAAUGUUGCAAAAUGUCCAAUUGUAUUUUUUUAAAAAUAGAAUGGCACAUUUCAAUUGUAAAAAUGAAUUGAAUCUAAUAAUACUCGUAUGUUUUGCUUAUUUUCCAUGUUGGGAAUUUAUAAUAAAAA